CGGCCACAUCGAUUUCCGUCGGAAAUGGCGCACCCUGCAAAACGGUCAAGGUAUGACGUUCUUGCUGCAGCUACUGCUCAAUUCUACAACACUACAGGAACAGUACCGGGAAGUCUUCAGUUGGCUACUGAUAUCUCUUACCUGGUUACAAAUCAACCUACCUGCACUAUUGUCGUCGGUGAUAUACCGGAAGGUUGUACAGAGAGAGAUUUAAUUGGACUUUUCAGCAGAUACGGGCAGAUUAAAAAUGCUAAGUUGGUAUGCAAUCGUCGAGCUGCUCUCGUUGAGUUCUGUGAGAUUUCUCCACCUACUAGACUUGUUCACAUGGCGAAGAUCAACCCUUUUUGUGUUGGUCCAAAUCGUGUUAGACUGGAAUUUUCUAACGACACUAUUACUCCUUCAAAUGACUGCAAACAUCGGUCACAGUCUUCAGCACUAGACCAUAAUUCCCCUACCCGCAUUCUACAUCUGGAUAUUUCAAAUGCUGAAUACCCAAUCACUGUUGAUGUAAUCAAGGCAAUCUGUUCUCCUCAUGGAAACAUAUUACGUACCUUCAUUGGGAAGAAAAAUCUUGACCGCUCAUUAGAAGCUCUUGUUGAGUUUGAAAAUGUUGAAGAAGCUAGGGCAGCCAAAGAACAACUUGACGGUGCUGACAUAUAUUCCGGUUGUUGUAAUCUUACGGUUGCGUAUUCUCGUCUUCAACGUGUCCAUGUAACUCAGAAUGACAGCGAGUCUUGGGAUUUCACUGGUCCUAGCGGCAAUUUAGAAGGGCCUGUAAACAAUCCCCCCACCCAGCGUACGCUGCUUGGUUCAAUGGCUCCACUUCCUAAUUCGUCUGCCGCUCCAGCAAUCUUACCGCCUCCUGCGGCCGCUCCAUUCCCGCAAGUGCCUCCUGUAUAUGGAUCACAACCUUAUCCUUCCCCCCAGCCGCCGGUGGGUUACUAUGGGGUAGGACCACUUAUUCCUCCGGCGUGUGCUGUCCCUGCAGGAACACCAUAUGCUUCUCCAUAUCCAGGCUACUGGCAACCGAACAUGAUCCCAACUGCUGGUAUCCAGCCAUUCAGACCACAAGCUUCUACUGGUUUCACACCACCAUCACAAGUGGUAAUACUUCCAACCCCUCCUUCAGUUCAUCAAGUUAAUGCUAGUGGGAUUGGAAUUGGUCAUUCAACAUCAAACCUAUCUGUAACAACUCCAGCUGCUCGUCAAUCGGAUCUGUCAGUUUUCGAGGUUAUUGAAGGUGUGGUGUUAAUGGCCAGCAAUAUACCACAACGAAUGAACUGUGAUCAUUUGUUCAACUUGAUUUGUCUUUAUGGUAAUGUAGCACGAAUUAAGUUUUUGAAGACACGUCCUGGCUAUGCAAUGAUUCAAGUUGGAAAUCCAGAAACAGGUGAUCUUAUACAUCGAUACUUCAAUGGAGUUUGCGUAUUCGGUCAAGUUGUCCAAUUUCAUCACAGCAAAGUAACAGAACUUAAGGAACAUGAAAAUCUAGGGACAUUGGCUGAUGGAUCACCAAUUAUGAAAAACUACAUGACUGACCCCAACAACCGCUUUCGAAAUUCAAUGGUGGCUGCCAAAAGUAGAAUUCUGGAACCUUCUCGCACCCUUCAUUUCUUCAAUGCUCCACUUAAUUUUAGUCCAGAUGACAUUUGCCGAGUGUUCGCAGAUUGUGGUGCUAUACCUCCACCUCGCGUUGUGAUAUUCACUUCUAAAGCAGGUCAAAAAACUUCUCUCGGCUUAGUAGAGUGGGAUACAUUGACAGAUGCUCUUGAGGCACUGAUUUUAGCAAAUCAUCGACCAGUUCACGUAUCUGGAUACGCUCAUCCUUUCCACUUGAAAAUCGCUUUCAGUCCAAAACCUAUAUCCGAUGACAGAGCUGGUAUUUCGCUGAUACGUUAUCCUGCACCACCUUUAAUGCCUACACACCAUGGAUCGUCGGCAGUAAACGGUCAGCGAAACGAUAAGGUCUCUGGUGGCGCUACUAAUGGGGAACAAGAGGAUGAAUUAGAUAUUCUGUCAAAAGUGGAAAAAGCUGAAGGUUAUGCAAAGCCUGAACCAAAAGAGGAGGACACAGUUGAUGCUAAACCGGAUUCAGUUAAACCUUCGCCGGAGGAUGAAGAAUCGAAGCCUGCAGUAGACUCGUCAGAGGUGACCGAGACCGAGACCAAGGACUGAUAUACCGCAGUAUAGUUAACACCAAUAUCCCAUGAUGUUUAGCAGAUUAAGGAAUGGCCGCUAAUGCAAAUGAGUAUGUUGUUGGUUAUUCAGUUCAUUUUUAUCUAUCUAUCUAUCUCUUUCUCUCAUGCAUACGUCUCUAUCUAUAUGUGUUAUGUAAAUGGAUUGUCUCAUCAUGGUCAUAUAACUAUCAUGUUUUCAUUUAUCAUGGUUGUAAUAGAUAUCUUAAUAUUUUUUAUGUGGCAAUAGCCUUAUUUAUUUGAUAAAGUUAAAUAAUAAAAUAAUUUGUUCCCUUUUUUUGCUCUAUCGAUCGACUGAUUAACUGAUUGACUGCUUAGCCUACUUACUAUAUCGUCGUCUAAUGAUUUAUAUAUUGUAUUUCUAUUUGAUAAAAUCCGUCAGGCUCUCUCUCUCUCUCACUCUAAGUUGGCUUCAUGCUAUCAUGUUAUGUGCUGAUCACUAAAAAAAAGUUCAUUCAUGUUUAAACUAUGAUAAAGUUCUUAUUGAUCAUUUUAUUUAAAGCUUCACUGACUGACGACUAUCUUUUAUGUGUUUGUAUUAUUGUCAUUCAUGUUUAUUAUGGUCAUUGUUUUUAUUUGACGGAAAAAAAACAUAUCCUAAAUGAAAUGUCUAUUUGUUCUAUAAAUAUCUUAAGACUAUGUUUUGAUAUACGUAUAUAUAUAUAUAUAUGUAUAUAUUAUGUGCCUUUAUGUCUGGUUAAGCUAGCUAACUAGCUAGUCGUAUCAUUUGUAUAGUGUAGGAUAAGUUGUUGUUGUUAUUAUUAUUAUUAUUAUCA